GUCUUUAUUCUAGCAAGUCGGCAGACACAUCACACACCCCUUGGGCCCUCAGACAGCCUGCACAUAUCCGAAAGCCAUGCCAUUGCUCCGAGGACUUGAACUUCCCCUCGCCGGAAUUCUCCUUGUGAUCACACUAUGUCUCGAGUCUAUCGUUCACGUCCUGCGGAAGAGCACCUCCCGUAUUCCAGGGCCUUGGUACACGAUGUGGACAGACGUCGUGCUCAGAUACAACAUGUUCUACGGCCGACGAGGCCAAUACGUCCACAAACUCCACGCAAAAUACGGCCCCGUCGUCCGCAUCGGCCCCAACCAAGUCGACAUGACCGACAUGCAAGCCUACAAGACCAUCUACUCGACGCGCGAAGUCUUCCUCAAGUCGCCCUGGUACAAGGUCCUGACGGGGAACGUCGUCGACGCCAUGUUCACCACGUCGGAUCCGCACCACCACCGGCGCAUACGGCGGCUCUUGUCGGCGCCCCUUUCCGAGGCGGCGCUUGCGUCCAGCCAUGCGCUCUGUCGCAAGAAGGCCGAGCUGGCCGUGCAACGGAUGCGGGACGAGUCGCGGGAGAAAGGCGCGGCGGAUGUGUAUAAAUGGUGGAUGUUCAUGACGACGGAUAUCAUCGGCGAGUUGACGUUUGGGAGGUCGUUUGACAUGCUGGCGAAGUCUGAGAGAGACCAGUACGCGAUAGACGUAGAAGGCAUAGGCCGCACAUCGGUCUUCUACACGACCUUCACCCCCCUGCACCGUCUGCUGCGCCACCUCCCCAUCCCCGUCGUCCAGCGCGCCUACCGCACAAGCAGGAACCUAGCCUCCUACGCAGACGAGGCCGUAGCGCGCUACAAAAGUCUGGCGGCAGAAGAAGACCCGGGAAAACCCCACAACGACAACGACGACGAAGACGACAACGACAACGACAACCACCCGAAGCUCUUCGAAAAGGUCUUCACCGCAGAAAAACAAGGCGCCAUCUCCGCCACCGAAAUACGCGACAACGCGCAGAGCUACAUCGUGGCCGGGAGCGACACCACGGCCGUGACCCUGACGUAUCUCGUCUGGAGCGUAUGCCGCGCCCCGCCGCACGUGCGGAGCGCCCUGUUGGCCGAGAUGGCCGCUUGGGGCGACGACCCGUCCGCCGAGGACCUCAAGGGCAAGGGCGCGAGGUACCUGAACUGUGUCGUCGACGAGACGUUGCGGCUGUACGGGGCGGCGCAGACGGGACUGCCGAGGCUUGUGCCCCCCGGGGGGGCCGUGUUGGCCGGGUACGGCUUGGAUGCGGGGACCACGGUCGAGGCGCAGGCGUAUAGUCUGCAUCGCGAUGGGAGGGUGUUUGGCGACCCCGAGACUUUCGACCCGGGGAGGUGGGAGGGCGCGAGUAGGGAGAUGAGGGAGCAGUUGGUGCCGUUUGGGGGAGGGACGAGAGCUUGCAUCGGCCUUCACCUCGCCAAGAUGGAGCUGAGACUGGGGACCUUCCUUUUCUUCCGGACGUUUCCUGACGCUGAGGUGGCCGCGCCGGAUGACGAGAUGAAUAUGGAGACCUUCUUUGUGCUGUCGCCCAAAGCUGGACGGUGUCUCAUACGAGUGCAUUGA